AUGGAUUCUACCUACACAAAUAGCUUAGAAUCCCAAAUAUCCAGUGAAAAUCCAGAUAAACCAUCACAAGUAUUAGAGUACAUGACGUUUUUCCCUACGUUUAUGAACAUAUUGAAUACUUUGACUGGCCCAGAAGUUUUAAGUGUCAGUAAUUCAAUGACAUUGAUCGGUUUAGUUUAUUCAAUAUCUAUGAUGGUCGGAACAACAAUUUUAUCUUAUCUAGGAACUAUCAUUGUUCUAAAAUUACGUGAAUCAGUUGAUGCUGAAUCCAUUAACGAGUUGGCAACAAAGAUCGUUGGAAAAUGGUGCGGAAAUGCUUAUUCUAUAUUAACAUUAUGCUUUACUUACUCGUGCCAAGUAGCAUAUUUAUUUAUUGGUGCAGAUUCCAUUAUUAAAUGGGCAGACUUACUAGGACUUCAUGGUUGGGAUCAUGGAAUGAAGAGAGCCUUAUUGGUUCUUAUUUAUGCCUUAGUUUUACCUGUAUUAUUAACAAUCCCACGUGAACUUAAGAUUUUAAGUAUUGUCUCCACAGGAGCUAUUUUAUGCCAAGUUCUUUAUGUCUCUGGAAUGAUUUACGAAGCAAUCAGAAUCUUUCCAUCUAAAGGAAUUGAUCCAUCUUGCGAAUCAUACAUUGGAGGCCUCGUUUUCUUCAAUGCUUUUGCUAUAUACUCCAUGCUUUACGCAUUCCCAUCUGUUGUUUUGCCUCUUGUCAGGUAUUAUCACCCAGAUAUGAGAAAGAGAUACUUUUUGAUCGGUUCUUCAUUCGUCGCAUGCUUCUCUAUUACUAUUAUACCAGGAACAAUCGGUUAUUUGUUGUUCGGAGCAGGAACAAAUCAAAUUGUUAUUUCUUCUUUCCCCAAUAACGAUAUAUUCAUGCAGAUUGUUCGUGUUGGCUUCUUCAUCGUUGUUAAUGCAUCGUUUGCUGUCGUUUCCAUUACAGUUAUGCAAGAUAUUAGUUCAAUUUGCUACAAAGUCCAGAAUCCAGCAGAUUUACCAUUCUGGAAGCGUUUGUCAGCAUUAAUUAUAUCUAACGCACCUCCUGUCAUCAUUGCGAUGUUUAUGUUAGAAAUUCGACCAGCUUUUGAAGUUGGAGGAGCAUUUGGCGGCUGUCUUUCUAAUUUCUUUGUUCCUCCUCUUCUUUACGUCAUUCUGAGUAAGAAGAAAUGGUACACUCCACUAAAUAUUCUAAUGCUGAUGUUCUCUCUCUUCGGACUGGUUUCGGCAAUCAUCGCUACUUAUCAGGCUGUUGUUGAUGCAAUGCAUCCUGACAGUUAA